UAGUUUCUUAAUUUUUCUUGAGGCUUGUACUGAGGUUUCUUAGUUGUAGUACUAGUUUCUUAUAAACCAGUUUCUUAUUAAAAUGUCACGCCACAGAUCAGUUUGUCACGCUGGUUAUGAGGAGGAGCAAUCGCGGCGAUACCCUCGUACCGAAAUGAGGCAUGUGAAAACAAAGAUGGCGGGCAAGCUGAAGUGUUGCAUAUUUAGUGAAGCGCGGCUGUAUACUUUGUUUUCAAGAAAAUCCAAUAGUUUUAAAGCUGCGAGCAUCGGAAGAAGAUGUGUUAACGGUGCUGCUUCCGACAACUAUGCCACUGGAAAAACCACCCUGGAUGAUGAAGUUACAAAAUUUAACUUGCUUUCAUCUGAAUGGUGGGAUCAAUCAGGCGAUUUCAUGGUCCUGAAAGCAAUGAACAGACUCAGAAUACCAUGGAUAAAAAAUACCCUUUUAGCAGAUUCAAAGCAGAAAAGCAUAAGGCCCCUUGAUUCCUUCAAAAUCCUUGACAUUGGAUGUGGUGGAGGCCUACUAUCUGAGCCAUUGGCAAGGUUGGGGGCAAAUGUAACUGGUAUUGACCCAGUUGCAAGCAACAUAAUGGCUGCCAAAGCGCAUGCGAAUAUAGAUGAGAAUGUUGCAAGAAAUACUGAAUAUCUUUGUUCAACUGUUGAAGAUAUGGUUGAUGACCACAGGGAAACAUUUGAUGCUGUUGUUGCUUCUGAAGUUAUUGAGCAUGUUAACUAUCAAUUGGACUUUGUACAGUGUUGUUCUCAGUUGAUCAAGCCUGGAGGCCACCUCUUUGUUACCACCAUCAACAGAACUAUUUUCUCUCUGCUUUUCGCGAAAUAUGCUGCUGAAUACAUAGUCAGAAUUGUUCCUGCUGGUGUUCACGAUUGGGAAAAAUUUGUCACUACAUCCGAACUCGUCGAUAUGCUCCGAAGAAGCAAGCUUGAGAUGAUCCAAUUUACUGGUAUGACUUACAACCUUGUUUCACAAAAGUGGUAUUGGUGUGAAAAUACGGCAAUGAACUAUGCAUGCCAUGCGAGGAAACCAGUCCUGUAAUCAAGUAUGCCUUGCAAGAAAGAAGCAGCCCAACGGUUUGUAUGUCGUUGUGUUUGGAUUCAUAGCAAUGAUUGAUUGAAUGUUUCUGGCUGAAUAAGCUGCUUUAGCCCGCUGCCACUUUCAGUUGUCCGCCAUCUUUGUGUUGACAUGCUUCGCCAGCUUGAAUAUGAAAAUGACGACAUUUUCAGGUAAAGAGAAUCAAUAUCAGAUGUCAAACUUAGUCUAUUGAACGAUAAAAUGUUAUGAGGGAUGUAGCCGAGUUAAUGAGUGCCAAGAAUGUAGCCAACUCGCUUUGUCGUUUGAUACUUUGAUGUAUUGAUUUACUAAGGAGUCAGAGUUAUUCAGUUUAGCCUGUGUAGAAGUUAGAAGAAGUACCUGUUCCUUCUCCGUGAUCCAUUCUGAAGAUGUGAAUGCUUAUGACGUCAUAACAAGUAUGCGUAAAUGAUAUUUUGAUAAUGUUUAUAAAUCUGCUUGGGAAGCA